GUUCAGCAGGGAUUGGGUAGCCAGAAGUUUUAGGCGUGAGGGAGAGAAAAGUGAAAAUUUAUGAAUGAAGGUGUCUUCUGGAACCAUUCAGUUUGACUUCAAUAUCCGAAUAAUUCAGAUGUAUACGCCGGAUUCGGGAAAGUGCACAACUCAAAGGAUUUAAUCACCUCAUUGUGAAACAGUGGAUGUGGAAUAUUUGGCUGGUACACAUAGUGCAUUGGAUUCUUAUUUUAAAUACUUUUUCUGAAAAACUACAAAUGGAUACUACAGUAUUAUCACCGUUGGCUGAUUUAGAUUCUAACUCUGGUGGAUCGGAUGCCGUGAACUCAUCGUUGAAUCAUUUGAACCUGUAUGCGCCGCAAAAUGGUUAUAGAGAUCCUGGGAAUGCAAUAAAAACGUUGUUUUUCUCGGACAAGCUGCAAGAGUUCACCGACAAGGAGUAUGAACGAAAAUAUAGUGAAAAUGUAUACCACAUAAAAGUACAAACACAACCGGAUGUUGGUUACUAUACAGGAAAAUUGCCAUCUGAUCUCCAGCCUGAUGCGAGGGAAAACGAUAAUAGUGCAGCUUUUAUGCAAAGCGUUCAAUGUUCAACGAAUAAUAAUGAUUUAGAGCGAAAGUUCUUAAGCUUCAGCGGUGAUCAGAUACAGUGUAUGUGUGAGGCACUGCAACAACAGGGUGACAUAGAAAAGCUUGCUUCCUUUUUAUGGAGUAUUCCCCAGCAUGAGAUGAUCGUCACCAAUGAAAGCUUACUGCGGGCUAAAUGUAUGGUAGCAUACCAUCAGGAAUCAUUUCAUGAACUAUAUGCAUUGUUAGAAUCGCAUUUAUAUUCUUCAAAACACCACACGGCUUUACAGAAUUUAUGGUUCAAGGCCCAUUACCGAGAGGCCGAAAAGGUCAGAGGAAGACCUCUUGGCGCUGUUGACAAGUACAGAUUGCGCAAAAAGUAUCCUCUACCAAAAACAAUCUGGGACGGAGAAGAAACAGUGUAUUGCUUUAAAGAAAAGAGUCGCAAUGCCCUUAAAGAUUGCUAUACUAGGAAUCGAUACCCAACGCCAGAUGAGAAGAAAACACUUGCCAAGAAAACAGGGCUCACGCUGACACAAGUGUCCAACUGGUUUAAAAAUCGGAGACAACGAGAUAGGACACCACAAGCAAGGCCAGAUAUGAUGAUGCCCAUACUUCCAGUUACAGCGGCUCAAAUGGAUGGAAACUACCAAAGAUUAUUCAAUGUUUCCAAUUAUGGGGGACAUGCGUAUCAUACAAGUGAUAUGUAUGCGGUACAAUAGAAAAGAUUACCAGUGUAACUGCUCAGAAAGAGUGUGGAAUUGUGUCGAUCGCUGUUAAUUUUUUUUAAUUUUACAGCUUGCGGGAUAAGCAACAUAAAAAACUAAACACAAAGAGAAAUUGUGAUAGGCUGUCGUUUAGGUUUAUUAGUUAUUAACCUUUGCCAAUGUAAAUAGUAAAUAAUUUAAGAAAGAAAAUAAAUCGUCUU